GAGGUUUAGUUGAAGUUGUUGUUUUGCAGAUUCAUCAAAGCAAAGCAUUGUGUUAGAUAAAUAAGACGUUGUGUACGUCAUUAUACUGCGUUUAUUUCGUCAUACUCUGCAUUGUGAUAUUUGGAUGUAUAUUGAGCAAUGGAGGAAGAACUGCAGUGUCCUGUAUGUCAUUGUAUAUUCAAUGAUCCAGUGAUAUUACCUUGCACACAUAACGUAUGUUUCCAGUGUGCUAAUACAUUGAUACACAAGUCUGGUGAGCUGAAAGUUGAUCUUCCACCUGCGUACAACAUUGAAACCAGUUUUCCCCACCACGAACCAGACAAAGUCAGUUUAUUGAGUGAGACUGUCCUCAGUGAUUCAGAUAGCGGUUACUCGGCUUCGUCAGCUUCAAGUGGGACUUCCGACACCCCGACACCCUCAAGUUCGACGCCUACUAUUGUCACCAGCGACCCUUUCAGUUCACUCGUACCCACGCACACAGUGACGCAGGCUUCUACUACAACAACACCAACCGGUGUGAACUUACCGGCGUUGCCAGAUUCCAUAUCUUGCCUUACGUGUCCGAUUUGCCACCGAGCGUCGUUCGUGGACGAUAGAGGAGUGAACGGACUUCCACGAAACAAAGCUAUGAACUCCAUAGUUGGAAGAUACACACGAACCAUUGACAGCAGUUUACGCCCACCAACUUUAUCUCCCAACGCAAGCCCGGUUAGAAAACCUCCCAUCUCCCCGAAGAAACCUGCGACUCCCGUAUUACGCAGACACACAAAGACUGUUCAUAAUUGUCAGAUAUGCGAGGGCGAUCCAGCGAACGAAGCGAGCGUUAAAUGCCUUCAAUGCGAAGUCCUUUACUGCGCAUCAUGUAGAGAUAGAUGCCAUCCACCCCGUGGACCCUUAGCAAGGCACACGCUAGUCGAUGUAGACGCUGAUAAACCAGAACCAACCCGACGCCCCGCCUACCCCACUUUACCCAACAAACCAAGCCUCAAAAACGGGGUCCGACUCCCAUCUUGCUCCCACCAUCCCACCGAAAAGACGAGUUUAUAUUGUUCGUCAUGUCAUCUUCCUCUGUGUGUCCUCUGUCAGGAUGAAGGAAGACAUAAGAACCACGAUCUUAAACCGAUUGGAGCGCUUUACAAAUCCCGCAAGAGUCAGCUAAGUCAACAAAUGGGUUCGUUAUCAAGUAAGGCUCGCCAAGCUAAAGACCUCGUGAUGUCACUUAGAGGGAUGCCAUCUGAGAUUGAGAAAUCUUCCACUGAACUUGAAUCAAAGACAGUGACGCAAUUGGAUCACUUGAUGUCGCUGUUACAGCGGAAGAAAGAUGAACUUCUUCAGAAGAUCGCGAAAGAACGCGAAACAAAGUGUAAAAUCGUUCAAGACCAACUUCAACAAUCCACAAUGAAGUUACGAAACACAACAGGAUUGUUGGAAUAUUGUAUUGAAGUCAUGAAGGACAACGACCCAUCUGCUUUUCUACAGGUGUCACAAAGUUUAACCGAACGCGUAUCGUGCAACGAACAACAAUGGAAUGGAAGAAACCUUAUUUCGAAAACCAAACCCGAAUUCGAUAUGGAUAUUGUGACGUCACCAUUAGCCAUGGAAAUCGAGAACCUUGACUUCUUCCAAAUGAAAGUUCCAGGCAAACCAAGUAUACGAGCCGACGAAUGCGGCGCAAGGAACAACACAGUAACAUUAUCUUGGCUUCCUGCUCCUAACUCCAUCGUUGAUAGCUUCAGACUUGAGAUGGAUGAUGGGAACAAUGGAAAUUAUCGGGAGGUAUACGCUGGCAAGGAAACUGUUUGUACCGUGGACGGAUUGCAUUUUAACAGCGUAUACAGAGCCAGAGUACGAGCUGUAAAUAAAGCUGGACCAAGUCCACAUAGCGACCCUUUGCAACUACAAACAUCGGAAGUUGCAAGCUUCCAAUGGGACCCUACUCAAGGUCAUUGUGACGUCAGAUUAUCAAACAAUAACUGCACUGUGACGUCAAACAGCUUCGACGAUCGAGUGGUGCUCGGUAGCGUCGGCUUUUCAAGGGGAAUACAUUAUUGGGAAUUCUCCGUGGAUCGUUAUGAAGGCAGGCCCGAUCCUUCGUUUGGUGUGGCGUUUUAUGACGUAGAUAAGAGCCAAUUGCUAGGUAAAGAGUCACGUGGUUGGGGGAUGUAUAUUGACGAAUCGAGGAGUUGGCUCAUGCACGCUAAUGAACAUUCAAACAGACACGAAGUUGGUAUAAAGGUCGGAUCGAGGGUUGGCGUUUUACUUGACAUCGCAAGAAGCCUGUUGUCGUUUUACGUCGAUGGAAAGCCCCAGGGGAAUCCCAUGACGCUACCUACGUCACAGGGGAAUUACCAUCCAUCAGGACGAAAACAAGCGCUGUAUUUUCCCGCCAUUAGCGUGAAUAGAAACGUGGAGGUGACUCUACACACAGGAUUAAGAUCUCCCAUCCAACCUCUUCAACUUUACCGGAACAGGAUGCAAGAAUCAUCCUCUUACUCCGGGUUCUCUCGCAUCCAGAAGUCCCCGGACUGCCCACACCGAGGUCGGAACCUCAGCUCCUCUGAUCUUCGCUUGCCAUCCAUGGAAGCAAAGAAGUUUCCUCCCCCUCCUCCCAUUAGAAGAGGAGGAUCAACAGGGAACAUGAGCACGAGGAGUGAUGGGGAAUCCUCCGAUUCAACAUCAGCUAAAUCUUUGCGAUCUUUCUUCCAUAAAAAAUAAUCUUCUUUGCCAAAUCUUCUUUUAAAUCUUGAGAGUCCUCAGAGGAGUAAUUUCCAUCUUCAGACUAGAAGAAGAUGAAGAGAUCCGUAGAGUCAUCUCUAUUGAUGAAUAAUUACUCUCCAAGAGGGAUAAGAGAGUUGUGAAUAUCUUAAAAAGAUAUAUUCAUUUAGGAAUCUGUUUCUUCAUUGCAUUACACAGUUGUUUAAGUAGUUGUUAACAGAAGGACUUUUAAUGUAUCCCAGUGUUAUGACUGUUGUAGGCACCAAUAUUAUAAGGAUAUAUUCUCUGUAUUCUAUAUGGGUAAAUUCCACAGCAGAGCACGCCAAGUGGCCUGGUAUUUAGAACAGCGUUUUACCCAUUACCAUUAGUACCAACUAUUUUCAUACCCAAUCUUUCAUAAUUAUUUUAAAUGCUUUUACUUUUAAACAACAACUUGCACUAAACAUACCCACAAAGUGGUUUUACCCCAGCUUUUUUAAAAUAGGUCAUUUUAUCAAAUUGUUUGCCUUUCACGCUUCACUGAUCUGUUCAUUAUUUGCAAACAAUCAGCGUUGUUGCAUCACUACUUAAUUAAUCGCCCGAUGUUUCAAGCUUAAGCAACAAAUUUUUUUGCUUUUACAUUUUGUUGGCAUGUUAUUUGUAAAUUUUAUUCAAAUGCAAAGAAAUAUAAAAA